AUGGCCGAUAAAUCUGGAGAAACCGGACUCCCACCGAACUGGGAAGUACGACACAGCAACAGCAAGAACCUCCCAUACUACUUCAAUGCCACCGAGAAGAACAGCCGCUGGGAGCCGCCCGCCGGCACCGACACGGAGAAGCUCAAGCUUUACAUGGCCAAGUACCACAGCCCAGCCCACGGCGCAGACGGUGCGAGCAGCCAGCCGGGCAAGAUUCGUGCUGCCCAUCUCCUGGUGAAGCACCGCGAGUCUCGUCGUCCCAUGAGUUGGAGAGAGGCCGACAUCACACGCAGCAAAGAGGAUGCCCUGCAAAUCAUCAAGGGCCACGAGGAGCGCAUCCAGAAAGGCGAGAUCUCCCUCGGCGAGCUGGCGUUGACGGAGUCCGACUGCAGUAGCGCCCGCAAGCGAGGAGACCUGGGCUAUUUCGGCAAGGGGGACAUGCAGAAGGAGUUCGAAGAUGCGGCGUUCGCGCUGAAGCCCGGCGAAAUCAGCACCGUCGUAGACACUGCGAGCGGGCUGCACUUGAUUGAGCGGUAUGAUUAA